GCUAAAGAUGGUAGAACUUCAGAACUACUUGGCACUUUGGAACUUAGAGCGUGGAGAGAUGAAAGGUCCAGGGUGUGGCUACAUGAUUCGUGGAUGAAAUGGAAGAUAGAGAUGUAGGUGAAGGUUAGACCUUUGGACAUAAGAAGUGUAGCCACCACAAUGUCACCCCACUUCUACUGAUUAUCCCCUGCCUCCGGGAGACAGAUGAAGACUGAAACCAGGGAAUUCAGUUCUUAAUCAGGAACCAACUCUAUGGAUCCAGGACAGGUUUGUCCCACGGCCUGCUCUGAACAGCGUGUUGUCCUAUAGAAGAUUCCCAUUGGCAAACCAUCUCUGUUGCCUUAUAGAGCAAGCAAAGAAGAUGGAUCGAUUGAAGAACCAUCUGCCUGUGUGCUUUCUACCUACUGUGCCCUUUUUAAUCCUAGUAUCCACUCUAGCGACUGCUAAGAGUGUGACUAAUAGCACUUUAAAUGGCACUGACGUGGUCUCGGGCUCUGUGCCUGUAAUCAUUGCCAGAACUGACCAUAUCAUAGUCAAGGAAGGGAACAGUGCCUUGAUUAAUUGUAGUGUUUAUGGCAUCCCUGAUCCACAAUUCAAGUGGUAUAAUUCCGUUGGCAAGCUGCUACAAGACGACGAGGAGAAGGAGCGAGGAGGAGGAAAAUGGCAGAUGCACGACAGCGGCCUCCUGAACAUCACCAAGGUGUCUUUUUCAGACCGAGGUAAAUACACAUGUGUUGCUUCUAACGUCCAUGGCACUGUGAACAACACGGUGACCUUGAGAGUCAUCUUUACCUCUGGAGACAUGGGCGUCUACUACAUGGUUGUCUGCCUCGUGGCCUUCACUGUCGUCAUGAUCCUCAACAUCACCCGCCUCUGCAUGAUGAGCAGCCACCUGAAGAAGACCGAGAAAGCUAUCAACGAGUUCUUUAGGACAGAAGGCGCCGAGAAGCUGCAGAAGGCAUUUGAGAUUGCCAAGCGGAUCCCCAUCAUCACCUCAGCCAAAACUCUAGAGCUUGCCAAAGUCACCCAGUUCAAAACCAUGGAGUUUGCCCGCUACAUUGAAGAGCUUGCCAGGAGUGUGCCUCUGCCUCCCCUCAUUAUGAACUGUAGGACUAUCAUGGAGGAAAUCAUGGAAGUGGUUGGGCUGGAGGAGCAGGGGCAGAAUUUUGUGCGGCAUACUCCAGAAGGCCAGGAGGCCUCCGACAGAGAUGAGGUUUACACGAUCCCCAACUCCCUGAAGAGAAGUGACUCGCCCACCGCAGACUCGGAUGCCUCGUCGCUGCAUGAGCAGCCCCAGCAAAUUGCCAUCAAGGUGUCUGUGCACCCGCAGUCUAAAAAAGAUCCCGUGGGUGACCCAGACGGUGUACAGUUUGAAGUCAAAGAUGAAGAGGAGACAGAACCGUCUGCUGAACAUUCCCCAGAAACUGCAGAGCCUUCUACGGAUAUAACAUCCACGGAGCUAACAUCUGAAGAACCAACGCCUGUUGAGGUAUUAGAUCGAGUCCUGCCACCAGCUCACCUGGAAACUGCAGAGCCAGCGGUGGCACAUGACAAAAACACCUGCAUUAUUUAUGAAAGCCAUGUCUAAUAUCAACUACGAAAAGCUAUGCAUAUCAAGAAAAUCAGGGGCUGCUCCUUGUAGUGCAGAUGUAGUACGCACUUGCCGCUAAGCCUUACCAGGAGACUCUCAUCCCUUAGGUAGGAGUGAUGCCAUUUUCAAAGGGGAAACUCCUGAGUGCAGGUAUUAUGUGACUGGAUUUUCCCCAAUAGAAAAGGAUGCGAGAAACAUCAGGGUGCAGAAUCGAUAAUACUGGACGGAAGGCGUCUAUCCAUGUGAUACGAAUUUUAGAGGCUCUUCUCUGCCAAAUACCUUAAUGGAUGAUUCCCUUUUGGCAAAGAGAAUAUUACUAUAAGAUAUUCUGAGCUCAAGAGCCCUGUCCAAUGCACACUGCAUUGCUUUUCCUUUAAAAAAAAAAUUAUAGGUCUGCUACAAUAGCAAAUGCACGUACAUGGGUUUGUUGCACUUUCUUCUCAGUUUUUAUUCCUAUCAUUGUUCCUUUAUAAUGGAGUAGUCGUUAUAGAAAUACUAAUUGCUCUUUCCGGUUUAGUCCUCUUGGCCACUUUGUCCUUAUUUUCCCCUCGAACAUGUACCUCACAGACUUUGGUAUCAGUCACUCUAGUAGCAGGGCUGAUACCUAUAAGUCAAGUUGUAAUGUUCCAUAGUUACUAGGCUCAUUAUUUUUGUCACUUCCCAAGCCCGCUUUCAUACAUCACUUUUUUUUGGUUUCCAAUGAAGCUGCUAUUGUGAAACUGAGAAAACCUUUGUCCAGGAAUAGCACUUUAAUAGCCAAAUAAAAACAUGUUUACCUGUCCAGUUCUGAGAGCCUUUUGGUGAGCUCAACUGAAGUAUGGAGGGAGAUGGUAAAAGGUUGAAUAUACCCAUAUUACCCAUGAAAACUGCACUUUUUGUGGUUACAUAACAUCAUACUACAAACAAAAACUGAUUCUUUAUUUGGAAAAUGUAUUGCUUCCAAGGAUAGAGGCAUUUGAUGAAUCCCUGCAGGUUGCAGAGUUUUGGCUUCCCCGGAGGGCUUGCAGGGACAUAUGCCUUUGGGUGACUCAAACACUGGAUCUGGGGCAGCAAAAGAAAGAUCUGUGAGGCCGUGUAACCAGGUCCACUUUUGUGAACCACAGAGCUAACUCAUUAGUCUUGAAGGGGAGAGUGAAAGGUUAGAAAAAUGGUGUAGCUGUGUCAUCAAAUUUCAUGCCAGAUUGUGGAAUUAUUUUUUAGUCUCACAAGAAAGCAGUUAUACGUGAGACUGAAUGAUGAUGGAAAGAAGAAAAAGUCGGUUUAUGUAGAGGCCAACACCUUACCUGAGCGUGCCAAUAAUCAACUGCCUGACUUUGGGCAGGUCUGGGUCUCAGUUUCCUUUUGUCAGAAGAGAGAGACUAGAUGUACUCUGAGCACCAUCUAAAUGGUCUCACUCUCUCACAGAACCAAAUCAAUAUCAUCAUGCUUUUCUCUUUCCAGGUACUUAACAGAUUUUUACUUUCUACUCUGGGGUUCAGCUCACAUUGUUUAUGCUGCAUGACUUACUCAAAGAGGAUCAAUUUCAAAUAAUCAUAGCAUUUUAAGCAAGUUGUGGCUGUUCUCUCCCAAACCAUCAUUAGGAUCACUUCCAUAGUUGAAGUUUAAUUGUGGUGAGAAUGAGUGGUAUUUCAUUUUCACUUAGAACCUUAAAGUUGUAAGGGUCAUGGCCACAUCAAGUGAUGGGGUCAUGACACUGGAGGUUACACAGGCCACGCUGGUACUGAGAGCAGACCCAGAUGUUUAGUCCUCACUCUGUCACUAUCUGGAUGAGUGACCUUGGACAAUUCCCUUCCCCUCUCUAGGGUUUACUCUUUCUCUUCUGCAGAAUAUGGGGGUUGUGCUUGAUGAGUCACAAGAUCCCUUCUAGCUCAGACAUUUACUGCUUUCUAGAAAGUUUGUAAUAUGCCAAGAUGGAAUGGCCCCCACUGCAAGAGACAAACAACAUUGGGAGCAAAACACAGAGACAGGAGAUUGGUUGCUUUUGUGGUCCUGAUUUUACAACAAAUGUGUCUGGCUCUGGAGCCAGAGGACGGUGGGUUUGGCUUUAGGGAUGGCUUCUUCUUCAUAGAUAACUCGUGUGGAAGGCAAUCUGACAAGACCUGGAGUUUGGUCAGACAUCACUUGGCCAGGAAAGAACUGCUGGCGUCCAGUUAGAAGUGUCUUGGGUGAUCAUGGAAAGCAACUAGUAGUCCAGCAGUCAGGAGAAACCAUGACUCCCAAUGGGCUCCCUGGGCUAGGGUUUUAUGUAUUCAUGUUGCAAAACAGCUUUAUCUCCAACUCUCAGAAUAUAAACAUUAUCCACUUGUCAUGGAUGUCAGCAGAUUCUUAGCAUGGAUCUAGGUGUCCAAAACAAGAACAGAGAUUUAAGCUCACUUUGUGAUAUUAUGUGAACUUUUCCCCAUUCUGUUCAGUUCUCAUUCCAUUUAAACCCAUGUGCAGAUUUCCACAUGGAAAUUACAGGAGAAGGCAUCAGUACUAUCUAGACAUUGAUUAGGAAUUAAAAAUGUAAAAUCAGCAGAUUUUUUUAUGAAGUAGGAGCAGAAAUGUGUGACCAAAGAAUGUUCCAGAUUGGUUUUAGCUUCUAAAGACUGGGGAGAUGAUUAUACAGAUUUUCCAAACUUUUCCCUUCUGAGGCAUCAAGAAGCUCUUGACACAAUAAUGGCCAACCUAAAAGGAGGUUGGUUUACAAUGGAGAUUUCUUCUUCCUGAAAUUCUGCACUCUUCCUAUCCAUCUUACAGCUUCUUUAUGAAAUGAGAAAGGCUCUCUUCUAGAAUAUAAAAUGCAGAAAGACCUCGUGACUUUCAGCUGAUUUUUCAAAGAUAAACUGUUCAGCUUCAUAGAAAUGCAUAGAAGUAUGGCUAUAGGUGUGUGUGCUUGUGUGCACGCAUGCGCAUCAGGCUCAUUUGGGCAGUUUUAAAACCUUAACACUAAAUCCCAAGCCAUGUCCUUUGGGUCUUAUGUAGUCAUUCUCAAUAUCACACAGUUUCUGGUUUCUAAGUCAUAACUCUUUUAACAACUUUUUUCUUGAAAUUCUGAAAAUGAUUCAGAUACAUGUGCAUAUUUAAUUCACUUAGAUGACCUGUAAACUUGGACGGUAUUUAUUCUAAAUGGAAAAAAAAAACCAAUUUUAUACUGAAAAAUCUAUGUAAUUUAUAAUGGUUUUGUUUUAUAUAUUAUAUUUUCAUAUAUUUAGGGCACAUCUACUGUUCUCAUCUUUUUGUAUAUCAUACUCGGCAAAAAGAAUUACUAAUACUUGACUAAAAUCUCUAGGAACCAAAUGUGACAUAUAAUGUAUAGAAAUUGCUCUAAAAAUAUCUGAAUGUUCUCACUCAUCCCAACCAUUAUUGUGCCAUUACAUCCGGAAUGAUUUGUCUCAGAUGCUUGUGAACAUUCCUUUUUUUUUUUUUUUCAAAAGUAAGGUUAAAAGGCCUGACAUCCCACAAGGGAUUCUGGAAUCUCCGUCCUUCCCUUACCUUUUGUAUUGUUUGCUUCAUUUUUAACUGUAGAAGUCUGUGUUGUUUACGUUUCCCUUUGAAGGGCAAAGGUGAGAUAAGAAAGCAAUUUGACAAAAAAACUGAAUUGAACUACGGCUAUGUAAAUUAUUUAACGGACUGAUGACAUGUUUGAAGUCUAAUGCUUAGAUUGUUAUUUGUCGGUGAUCUAGGAUCUGCUCAGCUCUUUAGCACAUGAAGAAAAUGUAAGGCACAAAGAGUAUUUGCAUGUUGUGAACAGGCACCCUCUCAGUGUAGUGCAGCCAACACAAAUCAGCCUAACUAUAGAAACACCCAUCCCAGCCACUGAAGACACGCUUUUAGAAAGGCAAAUCGACACCUUUUAUUCGCAGAUUGAAAUACAGUGUUGUAUCUGUGCUAAAACUCUUUAAUGGCGGCCCCUAUGGUUCUGUUCACAGGGGAUUUCCUCUCAGUGUUUCAUUUGGGAAGAAAAUGGGACAUUUAACUUAUCUUUCAGAUACUCUAUUUUAUAAUCAGCUCAGUCACUCAGUGACUAUUCUGCACCUAUCUUCACAGAUCCUUUUGGCAUUCCCUUAAGAUUGUAACCCCUGUUUCUAGUCUUCCUUUUUAAACUAAUUUACUGGUACUCUUUCAGUCUACCAAAUUUCAUUGUAUGUUCGCACACAUAUUUUGAGCACCUGAUACCUUCAAGAAACUAGACAUUUUGACAUUCACCUAUUCAGUUAAAAAUCCCUCAGUAGAAAACAAAGUUCAUUUUCCUAAUGACUUCUUUUUAGGGUUUCUACAGUGAUUAGCCAGGUUUGGAUUCAAUAAAUCAGUGGUGGGGGAAAAAAUCAAAAGAAAAUUGCUUAGUAUGUUUUCCAAAGGACUGAGUGUGUGUCUGUUACACAAGAAUCAUCUGAGGGGGAUAAUGAUCUUUGAGAUUUUUUAGACAUACCAAUUUUAAGGGGGCUAAUACUUAGACUACCACAAUCAAAACCGAAGCUGUUAGGGAAUGUAAAAAUAGAAAACAAAUAGCUCUAAGAAUAUUCUGGCAUAAAUUGAUUUUAUUUAACCAGUAAUGAAAACCUUCAGAUGUAUCUGUCAGACACCAUAGAGCUGCUUACAAUGAGUUAGGGUCAAAGAAGAUGCUUGCUUGCAUUUAGGUUUUGGCUUGCUAUAGCUCUAGUUCUGGAUGUCCUUUGUUAAAAUUGGAAAAUAAGAUGAAAAACUUUAUCUGGGAAAAAUGUCAAACUGUUGAUUUCGUGAACUAUGAAUGUUCACUUUUAAAAAAUAAUUUAAAGAUAUAAACAAAUGACUUUUAAGUUGAUGUUAUAGUAGCAAAACAAAAACCAUGUGUUCCAUCCUGUAUUUUGAUUGUUGCUUUAAUAAAGGAUUUGCGCAGGUGUAUGGAUUAUGUGUCAUGUCCCACCUGAAGG